AUGGCAAAGAGAUUCUUCUCCAACCCUGGAAAUGUGAUGUCCUUCACCAUGACUGAAGACAGCAGUUCUCUUGGCAAUGGGCUCAUCAUCAUGUUGAGCAUUGCCGACCCACAGCUUCACACCCCCAUGUAUUUCUUCAUUUCUGUCCUUUCCACAAUAGACUUUAUUCUUUCCAACAAUGUACUUCCUGAGAUCUUGGUCAACUGCUUCAUCUACAGGCCCACAAUUUCUUUCUCCAGAUGUUUGUCCCAAAUGUACCUUGGUUUAUUUCUGGUUGUAACAGAGUGCCUUGUCUUGGCUAUCAUGGCAUAUGAUCGCUUGGCAGCUAUAUGCCAGCCCUUACACUACACGCAGAUCAUGAGUUGGAGAUUAUGCAUUUAUCUGGUUGCCACAUCAGUGGCUCUUGCCUUCAUGACCACCCUGAUCAAUGUGCUCUUGCUGCCCACUGACUUCUGUGGCCAUCACGUCAUCAACCAUUUUGCAUGUGAGCUGCAAUCUGUACUCAAAUUAGCUUGCUCCAACACAGACAUCAGUGAGCUCUUUAUGCAUGUUUCCAGCCUCUUUCUGCUAAUCCCUCCCUUUGGCUUCAUAGUUGUGACAUAUGGUCGCAUCGGCCUGGCUAUUCUGCGUAUAAGCUCUGCUCAGGGACGCAGAAAAGCCUUCUCCACCUGCAGUUCUCACCUUGCUGUGGUCAGUGUCUUUUAUGGGACACUCAUGAUCAUGUACUUGAGACCGGAAGGCAAAUCCGUUUCUGAAAAGGACAAGGUCAUCUCCUUAACGUAUGGGGCUCUGACUCCCAUGCUCAGUCCUGUACUCACAGAUCCAGAGAGGAAGGAAAGGGGUCCUUGA